CUAGAGAGAACACAUUCUUUGCCUAGUCUGCAUGAGAAUGAAGCCAACAUUACCUUUGCUGAGAGAGAUUCAGAAGAUCAACUGCAUCAUAAUGGCUUCAAUGCAGAGACUGAAACAAGCCAAGCCACAACUGGAGAAGCAACUGCAGAAAAACAAAGGGCAACAGGAUUCAGGUGAAAAAGAGAAAAAAGUGCGUGCAAAUGAGGUGAUCAUUUCUGGCAGUGGUCCAGAUGGAAUACAGCGGUCAUUAAGCACUGGUACCUUGAAGCAAAAGAAGAAAAAAGAAAGACAACUGGAGCAUGGGCGAUCAUUAGAAUCUAUUGAGGACAUUGCACAAGACCACGGACUCUACAUCCAGACUGAUAAGCUAAAUGCAUCACACAUUAACAGCAUUGAAGAAGAAGAUGGAAAAACUGACAAUGAAGUGCCAAGCAUACCGUCUGUUCAGGCCUGUAGACACAGUGCACAAGAUACUAAUGUGCCUCUGGAAGCAAACCAGAUUUCAUCUAUUGAAGAUUCUUUGGUAAAAACUCCAUCAGUUUUAGAUGAUGAAACUACGUCAAAGAGUGAUUCUGGUUUUGCCAGUCCUAUGGACCUUCAGCAGCAGAGACUGGAGGUCGAUGAAGUUAUACCUCCUUUGAUUCAGCGGCUGUCUGCCAUGGGGGUGGCUCCUAUGGCUGGUGCACUGGAGACUGACACCAUGAGUGCUCCAGAGACAUCUGUACGAGGCCUUUUGGCAGGUGCAACUCGCCAUGGCCGUAAUCUUCUCUCAGUCAAAGACAGAGUUUCCUCAAAAAUCAGUAAUACCACCAAAUCCUUGAUCAAACGGGUAAAGGAAAAAAACCUGUUGCCAUCACGAUCCCCAUCUGGCAGUCCACCUUCUGGAAAUUAUUUAAACCUGCCAUCACCACAUGCAGAGGUAGCAGGAAGUGUGGCUCACACAUCCACAGUGCGGCGUUCUGGCACAGCUGAAGACAGUGAUAAUCUUGAUCCUGAAGCCAAGGUUGAUCUUGCAUCCUUCUGGUCUAAGACAGUGCAGACACAGAAAGAACUUGAAAAGCCAAAUAUCCUUUUGAAUGCAGAACGCUUGAAACUUGUUUUAAAUUCAUGGGCUUAUGAGCUUAACAAGGCCUUGCUGACCUACCACAACGAAAGUUAUAAAAAGCUAGAAGAGAAGAUGAAAGAAGGGGAAAAUUUGGAAGAAACUGGAAAAUCUUCAGAGAAGACAUAUAUAGAUGAUCAAAUGACUAAGAAAGAGAUUGGUGAAACUAGUGGCCUAAUAGAAAUUACAGAAGAAGGAAUAAAAACCAUUUCAACUAAUAAAGAGGCAUCUAAAGAAAGCCAGGAAGAUACCGAAUUGGUCUUUGCUACUGAAAGUGAACAGAAAAUACUUGAUCAGUCAAAGCUUGGAGGAGAAGCAGUAGAUGUCAUUCAGAUUAAAAGUGUAGAAGAUGGUGGACCACAGUCAGGCAUGUCUGCAUCACCAAAACUUGUGCAUGUUGUCAGGAGAAACACAGACCCUUCAUUGGUGGAGGUCAAAACUGAGAGAAAUAAGUGGAGUGUUGAAAGGGAUUCUGAGACAGGUGUGCUGAUGAAGGACUGGUCGGAAGUGUGUCACACCCAUGAUCCUUUCCACUUCAGCCAGCAGAAGCACAUGACAGUCUCUGCACUGGCCUUGCACUGCCUGAGAGCUGGGUGUUUUGGAAAUAUUCUAUCAGUUUUUCCUUCUCAACUAGCAGGGCCAGAAACAAUCCAUUCAAACCCAAUGUCAUCCUUCUCUUCUGCUUGCACAAAUAGUAAACCAAGUUUUCAGUUUCACGAUGGAGAUCCAUUGCCUUUUGCAGACCAGUCAUUAAACCUAGCAUCAGAUCAGAAUUCUUGUAAUCAUAACUUCUCUGGGUCAAAUUCUACUCCAUCUGACCUCUAUGUUUCAAAAUUGUCUGAAGGAGGUUCAUCCGGUGAUAAGGAAGUGUCUCAGGAAGGACUUGCACCUGAUGAAGGUGCCAGCCAGGCAGAUAGCUCAGCCUUGGACAUGUACAAAACUGACUUGAACCAGGAUUUAGCAAAUAAAGAUUAUAAUGAAACUUCAGCAGAUGCUGAAACAAGUCUUGUAACCAACAGUGCAGAUCAACAAGAACACAAAGACAUGGAGCGUGCAUUGUUUGUGCAACUGCAUUACCAUUUGUUACCACACUGGCGUGUCAGACGACUUGUGACUGAAACAGAGGGAGAUGAUGUGUAUCACACAUGGUGUUCUCUAAUCACCUGCUACAAAUCCCUUGGCAAGGGAGACAUUGUGUGGGUGAAGCUCAGUGAGAGGGACGUGACAGGAGCACUUGAUUAUCUCAGGUCUGGCAUUCUGCCCCAUAAACUUUCCUUUCUGGGCCAUUUAGCCAGUGCUUUUGCAUUGAGUCCUCUACGAGUCGUGGAGUUUGCAACAGAAGUGCCAAGACAGGUGACCCUGAGAGAUGUGCUUUACCUGUGUCGUCUGCUAAAUAAGCCACGUCUGCAGGUGGUCACCCGGUACCUGACACUUUUCUUGACCCCGGUGGUAGAACAUAAAAGACUUGAGGUAGUUCAGCAAAUGUGCAAGAUGCUGGAAGCCAAGCAAGUAGUGCUGGAAUGUUUGUUGAGUCUUCAUACUGCUCAACAAUCAGUUACCACCACUGAGGGCUUCUUCAGUGGAGGUGCAGACAGUUCUAGAUUACAUCCAAAUGAUGUUGAAAAAAUGCUGAGUGCGGUGUUGUCAUUGGUGACAGAUUCUGAGUUGCCUUAUAUGCUGGAUAUGUGCUGGCAUCACAGGCACUGGGGAGGUUGUUUGAAACUCCUGACCCGCAGUGACCAGUGGAAACAGGCACUGCAGCUUAUAAUUGAGCUCAAUGAUCUUAGUUUGCUGGACGGGACUAAAGAUUAUGGGUUCAUGCCCCGCAGCAUAGAUGAAUGGAGAUACCUGCUGCAGCUGUAUCGUGAGAAGAGUUAUAUUCGGGGUCAAACAUCACCUGUGUUCAGCGGCCACAAGGUCGCUGGCACCAAGCAGGAGCCACCUCCAUUCCACAGUGUGCAAGAUGAGAGAAAGGUUCCAGAGAGAGCAGCCAGAAAUGUCUUCCAGGAGGAAUGCUUAUCCCCCAAAGGGAGUGGCACCAAUUUGCAAAACAAAAUGGAAGAAAUUGCACACUCAACAGAUACCUUAUUGUCCCCAGUGGUAGAUGGUGCACAUGCUCCUGCAACAACUAGACCACAGAGGUCGCACAGUGCUCCGGACUUUAAAGUGUGGUCCUUAUUGCAAGAUGAAAAGCCACAGAUGUCCAGUUCCCACCAAAGUAUCAGCUGGACAGGACUGGGACUUCUGGCAGCGCGCCACAUUGGGGCUUUACGUGCAGUGGAGUUGCUGGAGGGGUGUUUUGGCGAUCAGGGUGAUCAAGAUAGUGCAGCAGGUGGCCUCAGUGAGGAGUUCUAUGCCCAAUGCAUCGCCAUCUCUGGUAUCCAGAAAAGACAAAAGCUGGUCAUUCAUAACAUGCUGGAAAAGGUAGACAGCUACCUGUGGGCCAAGAAACCUGUACACAUUCCUCCUCAGGUUCAUUAUGCUGUGAUGCAAGAGAAGGCAGCACAGGAAAGUGGCAAAAGUGGAGGAGGCAAUUACCAAGAUUUGUUUGCAAAGCUAUCCAGUGUCCCUUUGUCAAAUUUGCCAUUAGCAGAAGAUCCAGAUUGUCACUGGGGAGUCGUUACCAACAUGAACAGCUUGUGUCAGAUUUGUCAGGUGAACGUUACAGAGACCGUCUCCCAUAUGGAACCUGGGGUACUUGUGUUCCGAUGUGGUCACGUUUUUCACAAGUUCUGUGUUCCUGAUCAAGUGUGUCCUCUGUGCUAGUCUGACAUUCCUGACACUCAAGGUCAUUUGUGGCGGGACCAUGUGCAACAAUUCUUAUUCAAAGGUGUUCAUAUCUUCACACGCUAACGUGGUGCUACAGUGCAGCUAAUAUUAAAGUACGUCACCUAAGCACAUUGUGAUGAAAUAUUAUUUUUAGAAUUAUCUUUUUUAAAGGUGCCUUUACUGAAAUAGCUUACAGAGUAUUCCAUCUGGUCAUUCCUUGAUGCCAAGCCAGAGUUUUUCUCUGAUUAUGCACGAUGAAAUCCGCAAAUUUGUUCAUGUUCUUUCCCAGACCAUUUAGUAUCAAUGGUAUGCUUUGAAAUUACAGUCCUUGCUACCAUUCAAGGUUAGUGCCAAAAUGUGACAAGAAAUAUUUAUUUUGUUAUCAUUGAGGAAGACAUAUCGAAAUCAGAGAAUUGCCAGAUUGAUGUGGCCAUAGGAAUAUCUACAGAUCAUAAAUGUUGUUGAGAUGUCAGAAAUGCACUAAAAAGCAGACAGGCAGGAAAUAUUAAAUAUUGAUAUUAAUGGCCAAGACAUUUGCUUAUUGUGCUCUUGUGACUGUCCAUAAACUAGUUGCAUUGCCUGUAGCACUAGUCUUGUUUGUAAAGCACAACUUUUAAGCCUACCAGUAAUCAUUAGUUCAUAAAUGUGGCUUUGUAUUUUAUUUAGGUAUCAGCAUUUUGAUUUUCUCUAAGUGGGAAACUGUGUGUGUGGAUCUGUUGUUACAGUUGUAUGAUGAAAUCAUAUAUCACAGUAUUAUUUUUCACUCUCCUAAAAUUUGUAUCAUUCAAUUUCAUGAAGUUACUUUGUGAACUGCAUAGCUGAAUGUUUUUUGCUAAAAAUUCCCAGUGACUGUGAACACUUGUUAACUGUGCACACUUGUUUUGCUGUGCACACUUGUUACUGCCUUCAUUGAUGAUUUUUACGUGGGGAGUUUUGGAGGCUUUUUGAGAAACAGGUGUAUUUUAUUAGUUGCUAGCCAAGGUACAUAUGUAAAGACAGAAUCUUUGAUAACUAGGUGUGAAGUAGUAUGUAUAUCUUUGAUAGUAUACCAAGUGACAUAUUAAUUAAGGACUGCUGAGUGAUUGACCUAGAAUUUGUUAUACAUUGACAUCUUUGUUGUUGUUGCUUCAUCCAAAGGUUGCUUGAACAAUCCUCAAAAAAAAAUAUAGUAUCACCAGUACUCUUUUUAAUGACCUGAUGCAUCGUUCUUGGACUUAUUUUCUUUUACUACAAUAUUUGCAGGUCAAGUUUAUAAGUUGUACUUUUUUUCCACCACCUUUUAACAACUCCUAUACUUUGAAAGUCCAAGCACUAUCCAAAACUUAUCUCCCUUUUAAGUUUCUUUUAUAAAUCAGGGAGGAGGGAGUGACCAGAAUAAUUCUGUUGAGUAGUUCUAGAGAUUACAAUAUAUGAAAAUCUUAAAAAUAAAAUGCAGUGCCUUAAUAUGGUUGUGCUAUGUUCAGAUUAUAUUCCAAGACUUGUUUUACUGCUGUUGUGAUCAGUAUUAUAAGCCAGAUUAGAACUGCCUUUGCUUUUUCUGCAUAAUUUAAAGUGAGAAUUUGAAAUUUGUUCAUCUGCCCCAGAUAUCUAUACCUAGCGAAUUAAAACAAAGAAAGAUAUUUCCCUUUUUUUCUGUGCCUUAUAAGCAUUUUCACAUUCUCAACACUGAACAGUUACGUUCUCAGAGUUUAUUUAUAUAACAGGGGAGAUUGGAGGGACAGUGGCUUGCCCAGUCUCCCACUCCUCACCACAUUACUAAACACAGUUGUGGGUUUUAGCUGAUUUUAAUCUCAUGCCCUUUGAAACAUUCACAAAGAUGCUUGAUCUUCUUGGUGGGGUGAAGCUCCCACCUCUGAAACUCUAGCUUGCUUCCUGUUCCACCCUCUUAUCAUUUCUACCUCAGAUCUAGAAUGUACUGUCCCCUGUUGCUAUGAAGCCCCCACACCCAUCUCCCUCUCUUUCUUGGAAAACCAGAGGGAGGGCACAGGGUUACUGAACAUUGGCAGAUCCUCUAUGUGUGUGCACGCACAUGUUCAUGGUGGGCCCUGCCCAACCCUAUGCUACCAUAAGACAGUGAUAUCUUACUGUCUAAAUGAUAAAGGUGUUUGUGCUAAGAGGUAUGAAUGUUCCCCUAAAAAUUCAUAGAAUUCACCAAAACCAAUCCUUUUUACUAAUUGAGUGAUAAUACGAGAAAUGUGUUUCCUGAAUUUUGCAACGACUGAACAGUAUUUAAUAUUAAUUUCACUAUACUAUUUCACUUGGGUUUUUUUUUCCUUCAAAGGAAUAAUGAUGCAUAGUGUCAAAUGUUAAAUACUGAAAGUUUUUAAUCUUUGUUGACAUGUCAAAAACUUUUAAUUGCUAUCAUCUGUGAAUUUGUAUGCAUGUUUUAUUGACUCUGAUGAUGAAUGGAGAGUAGGAGGGAGGUACAACCAUAUCUCAUUCACACACAGAGUAAAAGAGAUUGUAAAUGCUAGUAUUAAUAGAAAAGGUAAUGCAAGGGUGGGAUGAAAUGUUUUGCAACCACUUUAAAAAAAUGAAUGGGAAAAGAUAUUUUAAUGAAAUAAGAAGUGUAUGUAUCAACUAUUUUUAAGGCUGCAUAUAUUACAAAAUUACCACACACUUCCUCAAGUUGCCCCACUUCUCCCUUGCUGUACUGACAUCAACCCAUUUAUUGUCUUAAGUAGCUUGCAUUGAUCUGUAAAUUUCGAUCAGAAGAAAUUUUUACACUGGUAAGAAUUCAAUAGCAGCAUGCUGUUUGAAGUCAAUGUCUGAAUACUCUUCUAUUUCGAUGUGCACACUGAGUGAGAACUGUAAGCAUAUGUGAUCAGGUGUGAUUGAAGGGAGAUAACCAUGUAACUACACAAGUUUCUGAUAGGACUACAAAUAUUACAGAGCAGGUAAAACUCAUCAUCCUGCCUUAUUUUACUAAGUGAUGUUAUAUGUUUUUUUCUGCACUUUGAAACUAACAAAUGGCAGUUGUAAAAUGUUUUGAAGCAUAUUAAUAAAAUAUUUUAUCACAGCAA